AGAUGUGUCGCAGAUUUCUGUAGAAGUCACGGGGCGCGCGCACUGACCCCUCUGAAGCGAGUCGGCAAACGUGCCCUCGCACACGCCGGCCGCCCGGAGGGAGGGACGCAACCGGGUGACGUCAGCGCGGUCAGCACCGGAGAAAGCCGCCGUCACUUUUGUCACGAGCGGAAGCGUCGUGGCGCGCGCGGACAUGGAGCUGUCGGCGAUUGGAGAGCAAGUGUUCGCCGUGGAGUCGAUCGUCAGGAAAAGAGUUAAAAAGGGGAAUGUGGAAUAUCUGUUGAAGUGGAAAGGCUGGCCUCCAAAGUACAGCACAUGGGAACCGGAGGAGCACAUUCUGGACCAGCGCUUGGUGCAGGCCUAUGAAGAGAAAGAGCAGAGAGAGAGAACUCUGGGGCCCAAGAGAAAAGGAUCCAAAGCCAAAGGACUCAUCCUGCAGGAUACCGUCUUCACCAUGGAUCUCCGCAGCGCUCACAAGCCCCCCGAGCAGCCGCCGCCUCGCCUGCGUCUCUCCCUCACGCGCUCCCUGCCCCCCGACGACGGGGACGAGGGGCGGCCGGCUCAUGGAGAGUACACGUGCCUCGACUCGGACCCUCCGAGUCCCUCGCACGAGGACUGGGAAGAGGAGGAGCAGGAAGAGGAAGAGGAAGAGGAGGAAGAUGUAGAAAGUAGAGAGGAGGAGGAGGAGCAGGAGAAAGAAGAAGCUAUAAAGCAGAAGACAGAGAACAGUGGAGGCACUGUAAAUGGACAGGAGAGGACGGACCAGCGCCGCCCCGCCUCCGGACCCCACGAGGUGGCCUCGCCGCGCCGCGCCUGGAGGCCCGCCCGCGGCCCGGGGGAGGUGACGGUCACGGACGUCACCCUCAACUCCCUCACCGUGACUUUCCGAGAGUCGAGGGUGCGCAUGGGCUUCUUCAGAGACUGGGGCCAGUAGGUCUGACGCGUGACGUCUGAAUGGGAGAGGAGGGGGCGGGGCCACGCUAACCACGGUGCGUGAUAGGCGGUUGGGCGUAGGCGGCGUUGGUGCCUUUAUUCCCUCUCGCUCGGGAAGGAGCAAACUACUCGGUACCCUCAGGGUGGAAAAGACCACUGACAGACGGGUCGUACGCAGGAUGGAAGAUCCCAAAACUCCCAUUUCUUCAGGUCUUCCUUCCUCAUGCGACAUUCAUUAAGCCCUUUUCUACUUUUAUUUGUAUGAAUGGUGCCCUGCUUUAGUCCAUCCGUGUUAUCUUCAGUCUUCCUAUUUGCUUUCCGCUGGUGCAUUAUUAGUUUGUGCAGUCGGCACAAAUGACACAAUUUGCCAAGUCAGAUUGAGCAAAGUAAACAAGCGUUCAAUUGCACAUUUCACACGACAAUUGUAGCUGACCACCAUCAUCAGUUGAAUGCACUUGUUAUUAAGUAGCACACCGUUUCAAAUAGAAAGUGCACGUCGAGCGAGGGAGACACGGAGGUCUCUGGCUGCUGUCUCCGAAAUCAAGAAACCAGAUGACUGUAAUGUGAAACAAUGUGCUUGUACUGUAUUUGCUGUCGGCAGCCUGUUAGUAGAGUUAGACCGCGAUAAAAGAUAUCAAUAUGUUGGUAUAUAAACGUCCAGUUACUAACCUAUCACAGCUAAACGAUAUGUCAUUUAUAUGUAUUUAUUUAAAUUGCUUUGUAAUAGUAGUUAUGCAAUAAUGCAAACAGCAAGAUAAUCUUCCUUUUGAAGUCAGAUCUCUGAAACAUGAGGUGAUGCUACUACGUCUAAACUAAAAUACUAAACUCUCACACAAAAUUCAGACUCUUCCCCAAUGAUUGCUUUUAUCUUGUGAUGCACUUUAGUACAAGUGUUCAAGCCUUGUAUAAUUCAAUAAUGAGAUAUGAGAUAUUUGUAAAUCUAACUGAGAAAUUCUCUAUCUGAAAUGCACUAAUGUGCAUAAAGAGCACAUUACCGAUCCAAUAACCGAUCAAAUGAGUGAACACAUCAAUUGACCAGCAGAUCGACAGACUUAAAAUAAAAACCGCCCGAACGCCUUUCGCCCCGUGCACACGGGGGCUGAUGUGAUCCGCCCCGAGGACGCAGAGGACAACUGUCUCUGUGUGGCAGCGGAGCCGCAAGGGAUCAAAGUGCCUGACGAUGCACCAUUUUGUUGUUUUGUCUGUGGAGCUUUUAGGGCUAAACCCCCCCUUCUCUAUCCUUUACACACACAUUCACUUUUACUCCCCCAGCUUAUUCGGUUCCUCCGAUGAUGCCAUUAACACUUGAAAUACGAGGAGACUUUAGAGGGGAAGAAGAUGGAUGGGGGGUAAAACGUCAUUUUUGGGGUCGUUAUUUUUCUAUGUUGAUUUGAAUGUAUAUUUAUUCUGUAAAGGUACCGGUGUAUUUGUCAAGCGGAAUAGUUUUUAUACGGUUUAAGACAAAGCGAGCGCGGCGAUGCGACGCGGCCUGAAGUUGCUUCCGUCUCCACCGAGAGAAGAACCUUGCACUUUACUGUGAUGUAACCCUGAACCAAGUGUCACUGUAAAGAACGUUUCUAUGGUAAUAUUAAAAUAAAUGUUUAAUAUUUUAAA